UCCUCCCCCCGAGUUGUCCUGGGAAACACUAACAACUGUAAGAAAGUGCACUCAGUCCGGUUUCUGAACGGGGAGACACCGUAGGAAAAGCACGCCGCCGCUCAUCCAUUUCACUCCACGGUACAAACAUUUUUAAAGGGGCAUUUCGGCCCAGCUUCAAACACUGCAAGUCCAUCCGGUAGGAGGAUUAUUAUGCGUCCUAGAGCAGCUACUUCUUCACGCCGAGCUUCAUCUGCUUAAGUGUCCAGGGACAUGAAACUCAAUCCACAGCAAGCUCCGUUGUAUGGACGGUGUGUUAUCACUGUGCAGCUUGCUGAUGAAGAGUUGGCUGCGGAUGGGGAGGGCGUGGACUACUUCCUGCUGUUUGCUGGCAGCACACAAAGGCACCUGACCAGCACCCUAAGGAGCAGUCAUGACACCUUGCAGGCAGUAUGUCCCGCUCAUGACUGCUGCGAGGUGGUGCUGGUCACCUUGUGUUCUGCUGGUCGAGGUGUCCCUGAGGCCCCCGAGGACCCCGAGGACCCAAAGCCCUGUUUGGGUCGUGUGGCUCCGCUUGCCGAGCAUCGAUUCAGCUUUGUGCAGGAUUUGGCUUUUGACAUGGCCCAGUUCCUGGUGAGCACGGCAGGCCGGGCCGAUGGCCUCGAUGGGGCGCUGCUGCUGGAUGAGUGUCAGAUUCCUCUGCAGGAGUGUGAACGCCUGGAUAAGAGCCUGGCGCUGGCCCUCCACCACCUUGUACUGCCUCCAGGAUGGAGCUUACUGGGAAACAAACUGACCAACAGCACUGACCUGAAUCCUCAGGAGACUCUGCUGCAUUUCUCAGCUCGUCGAGGUCUUUUUCGGGUUACGCAAUUCUUGCUGCGACAGUCUGGAGCUAGAGAAGCCCUGCGAUUGGCCAACAGACAAGGCCACACCCCAUCCGCCAUUGCAGCUUUGCGAGGACACGAAAGUCUCUAUGAGCUCCUCACAAAGGCUGACACAGAAACAGAGACGGACAAAGGGACUGAGAGUGUCCACCCAGUCUCCACAGGCGCCCGGGUAAUUUGCCACCUCCCCACCCUGAACACACACACUCUGACACUGAGAAUCCACCCUGGCCUUGAACCUCCGACCCUUCAGAGGAGUGUGGAGCAGCUGCUGCACUUGAUAUGCCAUCUCCAUGCCAAGGGAGUUUCUUUACUGGAGCUGCCGUUUGAUUGUCUGCACACCGCUGCUGAAUGUUGUGAUGGUGAAAAAAUAGAGAUAACCUGUGUGGAGCAACUACCGCAGCCUGCUACAGCAUUGGAGUGCUUGGAUACAGCAAUUGAAGGCAGCUGUGAAGAAAACUACCCAGAGGAAAGCAGCAGUGCUGAUUGUGGACAUGGUGAGAGUGGGGAUGCAGAGAAAGACUCUAGCUUGUCUGUGAGAAGUACAACAUCAGAAGGAGGCCCCCAGGAGCAUGGCCUCAGCCCACCAGAGGACUGGGUGUGUCUUAGUUCAAACACUGGGAGAGAUUACUGCCAAACGGAGGAGGAGGGAGGGGAGCAAUCUGUUGUUUUCACCCAGAGUUUGAGUUUGUGUGACAGGAGUGAGGGAGCACAGAGAGAGGCAGAAGGGGCAAGCCUCACUGUGGGAAUCCUACCACCAGCAGGCAGUGGUAAACAGGCAGAGGAAACUGAUAGAAGAGAGGCUGUGAUCCGGGAAGGACAGGAGGCCACAAAGGGAGAGGACAGAUCUGAGCAGGAAGAAGAGGACAGCACAACCAGGAGGAGGGAGGAGUGGACCAACUCAGAGGCAGCAGAUCUAAUAACGCCCAGUGAAGAGUCGAAAGCUUUAGUCAUGGGCCAGUCCCUGUCGUCAGAGGGCUCAGAGGUUUCAGAUAACUCUGUUUCUGAAAUGAAGGACCGCUCUCAGGAAGGGGAGACUGUCGGGAAAGAAGAGAUGAAACUUAGCGAGGAUCUCUGUGACGGACUCUCUUUAUAUGGGGAGGAGGUAGAGAAUGAAGGUUCAACAGAUCCUGUGUCAACCCAAAGGGACCUCCCUAACCCAUCGCUGAUAUGCUGCGGUGACGUAAUCGAGGAGCCUGAAACUGCUUUUUCAAGUCUCUUGAUGGAAGGCCUCCACAAGGGGGAACCUCCAACAGACAUAAACAGCCUGGAACAAAACCAGGAAACAGCUGGUAGGGAUUACGCCACAGAGCAGCAGUGGGGCUCGGCUCCAGAAAGUGUUUGUAAUUCUGGGAAUUGUACUGGAACAGCGAGUGGUAAAGAGCUUGGUGAAGAUGCAGCUGAACCUUCUGGAUACUGUAUAGAAAGCUAUAUUUUGCCUGUGGAUGAACCUGACAAUACACCUGAUUGUCAGACUGCUUGUAACUCCAUAAGAGAUGCACGAAUUAAUGAAGUGGACUGUGAGCAAUUACCUGAAAUUAUACCCAGCUCUGGUAAUAGAAAUGCUGAGCUAGACUCAUGCAUGGCCCAUGACCUCUCCAGUGAUGACGAUGGCAGUUUCCAAUCAGUUCAAAGCUCCACAACAGAUAUAUAUUACCCCCCACAAGACAAUGCCACUAUGGAGGAGCAGGACUUGAUCCAAACCAAGAUAGCAGAACUGUCCUCAUCAGGAUCCAUGAUGGAGGAGCUGAAUGAUAUGAAACCUGGUGAAAGCGAUGAACAUUCACCCACCAUGCAUGCAGGGCUCCCCUUGGAGUUGGGCACUGUCAGUGCACUGACAGCAAUUGACUGCAAGCAGUCUGGCACUGAGCCUGAAUCACAACUGCCAGCCAUCCUUCAGACAAUGGAGGCUUUGAAUACCGAUGGGGCAGGAGAGAAACUUGUCCCAGAACUAUCCAAAGAGGAUCUGUCGUUAGAUCCUGGGUUGUCAGAAAACGAGGAUCUUCCAACAGUGAAUGUCGAUGGAAGUGAAACUGUAGAGGCUGAUGGCCCUGACCCGAAUGCAGAUAUUGAGCAUUCAGCAUCAGAGGUCACCAGUAGGGUUUUAUUUGAAACUGGUCAGUCUGUUGCAGAAGAUACUGAAGAGACUGGCCAAGUUGGAGGUGAUCAUCAGUCAACAGAGACCAGUGAUAAAUCUGAGGUGGCCUCAGCAGAGGAGACCGAGCAUGUGCAAUUUGUGCUACAGCGACAGAAACAGGAUAAUUCAGAGAUGACAGCAGAUGAAAGGUCACCUGAUGAGGGAUUAGGGCUCUCAGUGAAUCAGAUUAAUGUAUCCUCGUCACAAAGUUUCACUCUGCUUUCAGAUAGUGCAGAAGUAGAACCACUUUCUCCAAACAAUGAAGCAUCAAGUGAACCUCUUGUUGAGAAUGAGAUGACUGAAAAUCCAAAGACUCUUGAUGCAGUGGAUGGAGCCUCAGAAAGCCAAAACCGUGCAAGCCAAGAGGUGGAUGUCAUCAAGUCUGAAGACGUUGUAAUUGCUGCAGGGGAGGAAGAAAAUGACACAGCAGAGGAAACGGACUUAUCCACGAUCCACCGAGAUAGAGAGGCGUCGUUCCAUCAGCCCUGCAACACUCAACACUCAGGAUCCUCACAAUCUUCAGUGUUUCCAAGUUUGCCCAGUAGGACCAGCAGUACCACCAGUUGUCCCUCCACAGCUCACAGAGAUUCUGGCAGUGACAUAGAAAGCUUCCUAAAUGCAGAGCCAGGAUAUGACAGCGACUUCAGCAAGUGUCUACAGAACGAUGAACCAGUGACAGGGGGAGACAGUGCCAGUGAGGUUUCCGUCUCCUGCUCCUCCACAGACGACACUGCCAGUGUCGGCCCCUCCAGCUCCAGUCCCGAGGGCAGCCAGGGCCUGGGCUGCAGGUGGAGCCAAGAGGAGGGCAUCCAGUCUGGAGCUACUACCUCUGCAGGACUGGAUGGUGGAGUAGGAGCAGGAGGAGUGGGAGAAGCUGAAGAAGAGGCUAAAGACAGGGUGACGGAGGUGCCACGACGCUCUUGUCUCCUCCGGAAUAGCAUCCGCUCCCUGUCACCUCUUCGUCGCCACAGCUGGGGUCCUGGAAAGAACAACGGAGGAGACGCAGAGAUGAACCAGAGGAGUUCUAUCUAUAUCCCUGGUGAGGGGAAGCCGACCUUUCACAGGAGAAGCUACAGCCUUGAGGGUCUCAGUGGGGGGCAGGAAGAGCUGAGGGGCCCCACCACCCAGGGGCCCCGAAUCCUGGAGCCUUUAAGGAUGCCAAGACAUGACAGUGAUGACAGGGGCUCACUGGUUUCACUGACAGAGGAGCAGGAGGAGCUGGGGGAGCAUGGCAGACUACAUGACCCGAAAUUGAGGCGGUAUCGGCCUCUGCGAAACAGCUGCCCGCCCAUGACCCUGCCCCUCACCAAGUCUGUAUCCAUGCUCGCCAUCAGCCAGAGAGAUAUUGAUGGUAUGAAGUCGUUUUCCAGCACCUCUGGGUCACUAGCAUAUAGUAUAUCAGAGGAGGAGCCCGGACCUCUGCGGAGCGACACUGAAGGAAAGACAGUGACGAAAGUCAGCCGGACUUUCAGCUACCUCAAGAACAAGAUGUACAAAAAGAGCAGGGAAAAGGAUCGAGAGAAAAGGGAGAAAGACAAGGAGAGCAAGGAGAAGGACAAAAAGACUGUGAACGGUCAUCUAUUCACAACAGUCAGCUCAGGCCAGGCAGCCCAGUGUUCCCAGUGCAAUAAGGCUUUCAACAACAAAGAUGCUUUCCAUUGCACACACUGUAAUGCUUCCGUCCACAAGGGCUGCAGGGACAGCCUGCCUGUUUGUGCCAAGGUGAAGAUGAAGUUGCCCAAGCAGCAGUUUGCAGUACCAGAUUCAAGCUCUUUUCCUACGGUCACGAUGAGGAACAAAUCUGGUGCGACGAGGGAGCGCCCCUGGUCAGCCAUCUUGUCCCCUGAAGACCAUUCUUCUCUGAUGAUCCCAUCAUCACGGAGACAUACCAGCAUCAUGACUUACCACGGCAACAACCUGUCCAAGAGUCUGUCCAUAAGCAACAUCGCUGGUCCGGUGUUUGACGAGAUACCCAUUAAAGGCCUGCGGUAUCUCUCUCAGUCUACUGACUCCCUCAACAGAACCAACCAGGUCACAGAGUCCAUGGAAUCGCUCACUGAUGAAGGGACGGAGAUGAUGGAUGGGCAGCUGAUGGGGGAGUUUGAGGCGGAGGCCAAGGAGCUGGAAGCUGAUUCGUGGAGUUUAGGUGUGGAGCAGCAGUACCUGCAGCAGCUGGACAAAGAGCUCGUGAAGAGACAAGAUGUCAUCUAUGAGCUGAUGCAGACGGAGAUGCAUCACAUCCGGACGUUGCGCAUAAUGUCAGAAGUCUACAGUAAAGGCCUGCAGAAGGAGGUGCAGCUAGAGCUCCAGACGGUGGAGAAGCUGUUCCCCACUCUAGACGAGCUCUUGGACCUCCACACGCAGCACCUCCUGCGCCUCCUGGAGAGGAAGAGGGAGUGCCAGCUGGAGGGGGGAAGCUUGGAGGGAACAGCUAUCAUCAACAGGAUAGGAGACAUCCUGGUCAGCCAGUUUUCAGGAUCCAACGGCGAAAGUAUGAGGAAAAUUUACGGAAGAUUUUGCAGCCGCCACAACGAAGCCGUCAACUUCUACAAGGACCUGCUGACCAAAGACAAACGCUUCAAAGCCUUCAUCAAAAAAAAGAUGAGCAGCAGCAUUGUGCGGAGGCUUGGUAUCCCAGAAUGCAUCUUGCUGGUGACCCAGAGGAUAACAAAGUAUCCGGUGUUGAUUCAGAGAAUGCUACAGCACACUAAAGAGAGCGAGGAAGAUUAUGAUGACCUGACGGAGGCUGUUCGACUGGUGAAGGAGGUGAUCGCAGCAGUUGAUAACAAGGUGAACGAGCAUGAGAAAAGACGUCGUCUGAAAGAAUUCCACAGCCGCAUGGACAGUAAGUCCAUCAUGAUGAUGAAGAACGGUCAAAUUUUCGCAAGGGAGGAUCUGCUGAGGAGGAGGCUGAUCCACGAUGGAGCACUGCAGCUGAAGAACAGCCAGGGAAGACUAAAGGACGUCCAUGCUUUGCUCCUGUCAGACGUCUUCGUCUUCCUCCAGGAGAAAGACCAGAAAUAUGUCUUUGCCAUGCUGGACCAGCGCUCCACGGUCAUCUCCCUCCAGAAGCUGAUCGUCAGAGAGGUCGCUAACGAAGAGCGCGGCCUCUUCCUCAUCACGGCGGGCAUUGCAAAGCCGGAGAUGAUGGAGGUCCUGGCCAGCUCAAAGGACGAGCGAAACACCUGGAUGCAGCUCAUCCAGGAAGCCAUGCAGUCCAUGGAGAAGGAUGAGGAUGAAGGGAUUCCCAGUGAGACAGAAGAUGACAAGAGACAACUGGAGACUAAAGCCAAGGAGAUGAGAGAUUUGUUGAGGCAGAAAGAUACAGAGAUCAUGUCUCUGUUGGAGGAGAAGGUGCGGCUCUUCAGGGGGAUGUGGGAGGGCUUGAAUUCAGGUGAGGAGGCCUGCCAGCAAGUUGAGCCUUUCUUCAGGUCAACCAGCAGCCUGGAGCCGCCAAGGGGGGCAUCCAUCAUGAAGGAUGCCCUGCAGGAAGUGGAGACUUUACAGGCGCUGGUGAACGGCAGCCUGGGUGGGGCGAUGGCCAGUGUCCAGGAGGGAGGAGGCGUUGGGCCGGUGUGUUUGCCCCGUCGGGCUGAGACCUUCGGAGGCUUCGACAGUCACCAGAUGCACAGCAGUAAGAGUGGAGACAGAGAGGAGGGCGAGGAUACGGCGGGAGAUCUGCGCAGGACGGAGUCUGACAGUGUUUUAAAGAAGGGAGGAAACGCCAACCUGCUGAUGCUGCUGAAGAGGAACAGUGAGCAGGUCCUUCACAGUGUCUCCAAUCUGCAUCUCCUGCUGAGCACUCUGCAGGCGGUGGUGGUCCAGCAGGACAGUUUCAUAGAGGACCAGCGGCAGGCCCUGAGCGAGCGCUCCUCCUCCUGCACGUCUUUAUCGCGGCCGUCCUCGCGGCCCAGCUCCCUGAUUGAACAGGAGAAGCAGCGCAGCCUGGAGAAGCAGCGGCAGGAGCUGGCAUCCCUGCAGAGACGGCAGGCAGCUCAUGCCGAGGAGAAGAGGAGGAGGGAGAAGGAGUGGGAGCUCAGGGAACAGCAGCUGACUGAAAGGGAGGUGCUGGUGCACGUACAGCAGGAGGAGGUGGUACUGAAGCAGCACAAGGAGCUGGACAUGGAGAAGCAGGAGCUGCAGAGUAAGAAGGAGGAGUACCAGAAAGACCUGGAGAGGCUGAGAGAUGCCCAGAGGAAGCUGGAGAGGGACUGGGAGGCUGUGCAGCGGCAGAUCGACAAGAUGGAGGAGCUCCGUCUGGCUGAGAGGAGUCCCUCUACGAUGUCUGAUGAAUCCCAGUUCCCCGGCAGCUUCCAGUCCCUGGAGCUGGACUCGUUUGAGCUCUCCUCCUCCUCCUCCUCCUCCCUGCCCAGGCUGCAGCCCCAGCAGUCCAAGCCCAAAGGAAAAGGCCUCAAUCCCUUUACCUCAUCCUCCACUAACAUCAACCUCAAGGGCAGCGAAGCCAACAACCAGAUCUCAAAGGGCCUGCUGCAGCUGGCCAAGAGCAAGAGCAAAGAGGGGAAGGAGAAGAAGAAGAAGAAGGGCAAAGGGGGGAGUGCAAAGACAGCAGACCCCCAGCACCGGCCUGAGCCUCCUCUGGAUGGAGAGAUCUUCUGCUGAGAGAAGGGGGCUCUCCUCCUCAUCCUCCUCCUCCUCCUCCUCCUCCUCCUCCUCGUCAUCAUCAUCAUCAUCAUCAUCACCAACCCAUCACGCCAUUCUGAUAUCCAGAGGAAUGUGUUGUUGCUAAGUAGUAACACAUUUUACUGCAGUAUACUGCCAGGCUUUCUGGCACAUCUGAGAUCACCUUGAAAAGACUUUUAGUUCACUUUCCAUAUCAUAACAUAGAGCAAUUUAACAUGACAUGCAAGAGAAAGCGAACUUGUAUUUUCUUGCAUUUUAAAAUCCAAUACCACUUCUUUUAGUUUCUGGAAAGUAGAAUAUUUUAGGGAUUCUGUUAUCCUGUGCAAGAAGGCAUACGUACACUUGCAGUACAUAAAAAUAGGGAACAUGGAUUAGUCGUGCACUUUUGGGUAUUCUCUUUCCAAAAACCCUGUUUCCUCUUCCAAAGAAGUCGUUAGGAUAUUUGUGCCAGCUCGGUAUCACAAUGAAAACGUUUCACGGUGGAUUGCCUCACAAGCUCUACCAAGUGUGUUCUGGGCCUGACUGCCUUCCUGUUUUCAUGUCUCUUAUGCCCCCAACCAGCCCUCCCCCCUUUCAGCAGUCUGUCCUGGCAUAAAGUCCCACACAGACACGCUGUAAUAUUCAUUUACAGAACUAGGGCCGCUUCCUCGUGGCUUUAACCACACUUAAAAAGAUACAGACAGAUCCAAAUGCCACUUGGAAUAAGAUAUGAAUGUCAACAAGCUCCAUGAGGCACUGGAGACGCCUCACUCCUAAUAAUCUUCAUUGAUAAUAGAAGUCCGAAACCAGAGAGGAAAAAUCUGCCUACACUCUGUGUCCUAGCAGCAUUUUCUAAUCAAUGUUUUCAGUGUUUGUUCCAGUGGUUCGUUCCAAAAUGCUUCUGUAUGAAUCCACACUGUAAGGAAAUUGGAGCCUGACAAUCUUUUACUCAUAAUUUGAAAAGCAGAUGUGAUUACUUGCUCUCUCCAGUUUUUAAGCAAAAUGGAAUUGGCUACACAACAACUUCAGUAAUCCUCUAUAAUGAUUUUAUGCCAUCAAUCAUGUUCCUUGGUGAGGUUUUAAUUUAUUUGAAUUAUGGAUAUCUCCAUUUUGGAGUGAAACUCUUCAGAUGUGUUUGUCUCUUUUUCCAGACUCAAUUGUAAUGAAAGGAUUGAGACAUAUCUCCCUGUGUCUAAUGGCUCAUUUCAUAUCCUUUAGUGUGUUUUAGAGCCUUGGAUGGAUAUUAGCUUGAUCCUCGCUUUAUCUGCCUGUCAAUGGGCUUUUAUACAGCCCUCAUCUUUCAUCUGAGCACUGACGAGCAGGGCUUUCCUUCGUUUUUUUAAUUGCAUGUGACUCUGCAGGUAGCAUACUAAUGGCUUCUGUCUGUGAAAUAGUUCAGCUUUCUCUUUCAACCUCCCUCUUUCACCUCUGAUAAUGGACUCAGUAGACGCACACAGCUGAUGGUUUUAAGAAAUAGAGGCUGUUAAUUUAGGGACAAAGCGGCUGGUUAGAGAAAAUGAGAAGGGGACAUUAACCAAAAAGACCCGAUUUGUGUUCCUGUUUGAUCACUGUACCUGACUACCACCUGAGUCUCUCGUCAUUUCAAAUGAAUCAAUACACAUCAGUGUUGUUAAGCACUUUGGUCCUAAUAUGUUGAUGCUUUUUUCUUUAUUUUUUUUUUGUGGUUACCAGUAUGAAAGAUCAGUCAUGGAGAUCUCCGUAUUGUGUGAAAUUUUGUAAUUGAGGGCACUGAUGCUCCUGAAAAGCAACAAUGAUCCAAAGCGAGAUUGUUUGUUUGAGUACGUAAAAGAUGCUGCGGUUCCAUUUUGUCAGUGUGCAAAAUUGAAAAGGGGCUGGUAGCUUUUAUUUUCCAAGGGGACCUGUCUGACCUGUCUUAAUUUUUAAGCCUAUGUUUUAGCCCCAAUGAGCCCAUAGUGGGCCACACAACUACCUGCUGGUCAGGUUGGAAAUAAAAACAGAAGAUGGUUUUAAAAAAAAAAAAAAAAAAAAAAAAAAAGAAGAAGAAGCCCUUUUCCAGUGAAUGACAGAGCAGCAUCACACUGAUCUGCUUCCGUGCUGCCUCUUUUGUCUAAUGUUUAAGUGCUUGAUUGUUAACUCUAACUGUCGGUCGAGGAUUUGACUUUGUGUCCGGGCUGGUUUAUGAUAGUGUGUCUUCUAAGAGGCUUACAGGGCCAGCCAAUUAGUUGCUUCAUGUCUUUUGUUUAUGGCUUUGGUGUAAUCCUGUCAAAGAAACGGAGAAGAAUGGGCUUCUUUUUACUCCUUUGCUUUAUGUGUUUGUUUCUUUUUACCACUAGGGAGCACUGCACCGAUGACUAAAUGAGUUCCAUCUCUUGCACAACAACAAUGAAUAUGUUUUUUUUUUUGUUUUUUUUAACAUAAUCUCCCUGCUGGGCAAAAUUGACAUAUUUUUCUCAGCAGGUCAUUGCCGUACAGAGAUAUUUGUGAUGAGCGUGGGCUCUCACACUCUGUGAUGCUUUCCCCACGGCAUUUAUAAUUGACUGCAGGAACAAAUAAGUUGUCAGAGACUGUAAUUGGUUAUUCAGUGAAACCAGUCAGCAGCAGCUUUAAUAUGGAAAAAAAAAGAAGGUCUAACGGUUUGAGGGAGCAACCGGGCAGAACCACAAACCUCUCUCUGUAAGGGACAAUCAGCAGACGCAAGUCAGGAAAAUGAACUUCUUCCCCGAUGAUGAUAGGCCUGUCCAUGAGACGACUGUGUCGAUCAGGUGAACCCUGCGUAGCCUUAAAUCUAAACGAUAAAAUGCACUAGAGUAGAACCCAGCAUCUUCUCAGGAGAGAAGGGAGAGCUUUUAUACCUCUGCUUUGAAACGAAGGAAAUGUUUGUACUAUAAAAAUGGUACACAACCGUUUUAUUCUCAACGAUGUAAAAAAAAAAAAAAAAGGGCAAAUGUGUAAA